GUACAUACUCAGCAAUUCUGGGGAGGAAUUUUUUAACCUGCACUUGCUUGUGCAGAGCUCCUCUCAGGUCCAGCUCCAGCCUACUGUUGCUUUCGAUGUUAUUAAUUGCUUCAUGAAUACCUCAAAAAAUUCAGCACAAAUUUCACCGGCAAGACUCCCUUUCUCUUCGUCGUCACGGAUAUUAUGAUAACGUAGUAUUGAAUGGUAGUAAAAAGACAAGCUCGAUCAUCAGCUUCCGCCUGUAAUGAGUGUUGAUUCAAUCUCAGCUUGUGCUUACAUUUGAAGCCAAUAUUGAAACAUAAGUGCCACGAGCGCAGUCUUAUGGCUCUUUAUCUUGCAAUGUCUGUGAUGCUGAUUGUGAUGACCCUUUCUACCGCGGUGUGGGAUUCGAUUUCAAUCUACAUUUAGGAUGUGUUCCAGCACCGCUUGUUGUGAAAACAAAACAUCAAGUCCAAUGAUUAUUUAAACCUUUUGUCAACUGGUGGGGCUAAACACACAAUUACUCCAUUCUAGAAAUAUUAUAGGCCGAUGAGCCGGCCUUUCUUUCAAAAAUAUAUAAUCCCCCAACAGCCGACUUUUCAUCACCAGUGAUGUCCGUCACUAAGUUCUAUUUACCCAAGUCUUCUCUAAAAUCUAUCUACAAUCAAUUGAAAACUGAAUUACGCAUCACAACACCACAGUUUUCACUUGCUGAUUAUCUACGGCUUCUUGAAUCUUGCAUACAAUCAAAGGCACUCAUUCAAGGCAAGAAGAUCCACCAACAACUCCUCAAAGACAACAAUACCCACAUAAAAAAUCCUCUUGUACUGGAAAAACUAGCACGUUUAUAUGUUAAUUGCAAUGAAAUUGAAGUUGCACGCCGCGUGUUUGACACAAUUCGUGAACCAAAUGUUGCUCUCUGGAACUUUAUGAUAAGAGCGUAUGCGUGGAAUGGACCCUUGGAGAGAGCCGUUGAUUUGUAUUAUAAGAUGAUUCAAUUGGGUAUUGAACCAACAAAAUUCACGUUUCCUUUUGUGCUGAAAGCUUGUGCUGGUUUAAGAGCAAUAGAUGAUGGGGAAGAAAUUCAUGUUCAUGUUAAAAGACUUGGGCUCGAUAAGGAUAUUUAUGUUUGUACUUCUCUGAUUGAUUUGUAUGCAAAAUGUGGAGCUUUGACUCGGGCUAAAGAAGUUUUCCAUGGAAUGUUUUGUAGAGAUAUUGUGGCUUGGAACGCUAUGAUUGCUGGAUUUUCUCUUCAUGGUUUAUAUGAUAGCGCGAUUCAGUUGUUUAUUGAAAUGCAAAAGGGGGGGAUUAGUCCUAAUUCUUCCACAAUUGUCGCAGUUCUUCCAACAGUUGCUGCAGCUAAUGUGUUGGACCAAGGGAAGGCUAUGCAUGGCUACGCUGUUAGGAGGGGUUUCAGCAAUGAUGUGGUACUUGGUACUGGGCUUUUGGACAUGUACGCGAAAUGUCAGUGCUUAUUUUAUGCAAAAAGGAUUUCUGAUCUGUUGGAAGUGAAGAAUGAGAUAAGUUGGAGUGCUAUAAUUGGAGCGUAUGUUACGUGUGAUCUGCCAAGAGGGGCAUUAGAAUUGUUUGAUCAAAUGGUGUCUGAGAAUGUCAUGAAUUUAACAGCUGUAACUCUUGGCACUGUACUUCGAGCAUGUGCAAAGUUGACUGAUCUGAGUGAAGGGAGACGCAUCCAUUGUUUAUCACUUAAAACUGGGUUUGCUUCAGAUAUAAGAGUAGGAAACACAUUACUUUCGAUGUAUGCAAAGUGUGGGAUCGUAGAUGAAGCAGUAAGGUUUUUUGAUGAAAUGGAUAAGAAAGAUACAGUUUCAUAUAGUGCCAUUAUCUCUGGAUGUUCGCAAAAUGGUUAUGCACAAGAGGCUUUAUGUAUAUUCCAUCAGAUGCAGUUGUCUGGAAUUGAACCUGAUUCGGCUACCAUGGUUGGUGUCCUGCCUACUUGUUCACAGUUAGCUGCUCUACAACAUGGUGCUUCUGCACAUGGUUGUUCAGUUGUCCAUGGGUUUGUAGCUGAUACCUCAGUUUGCAAUGCUCUUAUUGACAUGUACUCAAAGUGUGGAAAAAUUGAUAUUGCCAGAAAAGUUUUUGAUAGGAUUGAUAAACGGGAUAUUGUCUCGUGGAAUGCAAUGAUAGUUGGGUAUGGAAUUCAUGGGCUUGGCAUGGAAGCGCUUUUACUGUUCAAUAAAAUGCAAGCUGUGGGUUUAAAGCCAGAUGAUGUUACUUUCAUUUGUCUCUUAUCUGCUUGCAGCCAUUCAGGACUUGUAACGGAGGGGAAACAACUUUUUAAUUCCAUGAUUCAAGGUUUUAACAUUGUCCCCAGAAUAGAUCAUUACAUAUGCAUGGUUGAUCUUCUGGGCCGUGCCGGACUUCUGAAUGAGGCAUGCAAAUUCAUAGAAAACAUGCCAUUUGAACCUGAUGUUUGUGUAUGGGGUGCCCUGCUUGGUGCUUGUAGGAUCCAUAAGAAUAUUGAACUUGGGGAAGAAGUAUCAAAGAAAAUCCAGAGUUUAAAACCUGAAGGUAGUGGAAAUUUUGUUCUUUUAUCAAAUAUGUAUAGUGCUGUUGGUAGAUGGCAGGAUGCAGCAGGUGUUAGAAUCACACAGAGGGACCUAGGCAUUAAGAAAAGUCCAGGAUGUAGUUGGGUUGAGAUAAAUGGGAUUGUUCAUGCAUUUGUUGGUGGAGAUAGGUCUCAUCCACAAUCGGCACAGAUAAACAAGAAACUUACUGAACUAUUACCUGAGAUGAUAAGGUUGGGUUAUCAUGCAGAAUCUGGUCUUGUUCUCCAAGAUGUUGAAGAAGAGGAAAAGGAAGGAAUUCUACUUUACCACAGUGAGAAGCUGGCUAUUGCUUUCGGAAUUCUUAGUCUGAGCCCCACAAAGCCUAUUUUAGUUACCAAAAAUUUGCGAGUUUGCUUUGAUUGCCACUCUGCCAUCAAAUUUAUCACUGUUAUUACAAAUAGAGAGAUAAUAGUUAGAGAUGCAAGUCGAUUUCAUCAUUUCAGGAAUGGAGUUUGCAAUUGCGGAGACUUCUGGUGAAGAUGAAGUUGGAAAAUCACAGCUAUCAGUAACUCUACACUAAAGCUUAUGUACCUUCCUUUUGUCUAGCUAGCGAUAUGACCAUUGAUUGGCACCAGGCUUAAUUCAUUUAUACUAAAGGAUAAAACCCAAACUCCAUUGAGAACCCUAAAUAUUUUACUUGGAGAAAGCAGGAUCAACUUCUGCUAAGCCAGCUGCUCUCAACCAUGACAGAGGAAAUACUAAGCUCGGUCAUAAGAUGCACUACAUCUCAGUCGGUUUGGACCUGUCUAUAGAAGCUUUUUGGUUUACAAUCCAAUGUCAAAGUGUCACGCGCCUAGAGUUUCAACAUAGCGGAACGGCCCAUACAGCACCCCAACAUCACACUUGAGACAAGUUUGUGCAGGAUGGCCUAAUCCCUUUUUCAUUGUCGACUAUGAAGAACAACUUCUAAUGGCUCCAGUACUUUCCUUUCAUGGAGCUCUCCCUCCUAAAGAGUCUUAUGAAGCAUUGUUAAUGUGUCAGGAGGAAACACACCUGACUUCUCAACUGUCAUACUCCACGUGAUUGCUUUGCGAAACCUUUCAACCUUGUACGCUCUCCACACUUGCUGCUCUUGUCAUGACAUUACGGAAUAAGGUUGUGACACAAAGCUCUCCCAUGAAGAUCCAACUUCAGACAAACAAAAAGGGUAAUGCAAUUAUCAAUGAGUACUGCAGCAGAAUGAGAAGCUUCACUGAUGCAGCAAGAACAGACCUUCUAUCACUGGUGCAGCUCAUGAUUGUUGCAUCCUUGAUAUGAAGAAUGUAUCUGCGAAUCUUGCCCACUAAGUCCUUCACUAGUCGAAGGAAAUUCAGAGGCGGUUGGUAGACAUUUCAACUAAUAUUCAUUCAAUCUAGAUUCAGGUAACAUUCUGGGGGCUUCUGGCGCUCGCUGUCUAUACAUUUAAAUUUUCUGCUAAGAAUUCUUUACAGUUGGUUUCAAUCCUAUUGAUUCGCUGUUUCUGAUUUAUUUUUUGUCCAUGAAGCUAUUAGUUCUUGCAUUAGUUAAUUUUCU